GUUUCCUGUGGGGGAGAACGUGAGUGACGUUGCUGUAACUCACACAUACAUGCUUCUCUCUCUCUUUCCUCCCACCCAGUGAGACACCGGCUCCCUCUGUCUGGGGGAGGGGAGAGGAGGGGCCCUUAGCGAGUCGGACUUCCUCCUCCAGUAGAACCUGGAUUGGAUUCUAGAAUAACCCACUACCUCUAUACACCUAUAUCAAUGUGAAAAGUGGGUUUUGGGGGAAAGGGUGCGGGUGGUGGGAGAGGCAAUAGAGGUAGUUCCCAGCCGCCGCCACUCGAACUUGAAAAGAGGCGUGGAGGACUUGCUGAGCAGCUCAGGUGCACUCCGGCUGGGCAACUGUGGGCCUUGCGAAAGGUGUGGCCUUGCUCAGGUAUCGGAGGUGGAGACUUUGACACCGGUCGGAUGAGGAAGCACCACCGCACUUCCUCAGUUCUGUUGCUGUACUUUGCUCCAUCGUGGUGGGGGAGGAAGGUUUCGCUUCGGGCCAACAAAUGAAGGAAGGGGUAAACGGCUCCCGGGGCUGCCUCUGUGCCAGGAAAGGCUUGCUCCCUCCCUCUUGAGCUCCCACGAGGCGCCUCUUCGCUCAGACUUGUUUGCAAGAAUUCUGGAUAUCUGCCUAUUUAUUCCUUCACCACCCAGACAAUAAGCGACCGGGUCCAGUCUCUUCUUCCUCCCUGUCUCUUCCCCACCACCACCACCACCUCCGGGUCUCCUUCAAGUAGCAGUGGAUCAAUGAGGUACAGCGUGCCUCUGGCUGGCAGAGGCGCUACAGCGUGAAGUGGCAGAGGAGAGGACGAUUAAUGAGUGGAGGAUAUAGCUACAUCGUGCCUAUGACGAUGGGAGUACCGGCCUUGGGACAUCCGGAGUCUAAGCCCAGCACAAAGUCCAAUAUGCUACGAGGCCGUGGCCCAGUUACCUCUGCCGACGAACAGCCACACAUUGGGAACUACCGCUUGUUGAAGACGAUUGGCAAGGGCAACUUUGCCAAGGUCAAGUUGGCACGGCAUGUCCUGACGGGGAAAGAGGUGGCUGUGAAAAUCAUUGACAAGACGCAGCUGAACUCUUCCAGCCUACAGAAGCUCUUCCGGGAAGUACGAAUAAUGAAGGUCUUGAAUCAUCCUAAUAUAGUUAAAUUAUUUGAAGUCAUAGAGACGGAGAAGACACUGUACCUCGUCAUGGAGUACGCCAGUGGGGGUGAGGUGUUCGACUAUUUAGUAGCCCACGGAAGAAUGAAAGAAAAGGAAGCACGGGCAAAAUUCCGACAGAUAGUUUCUGCUGUGCAGUACUGUCACCAAAAAUUCAUUGUACAUAGAGACUUGAAGGCAGAGAAUCUGCUCUUAGAUGCCGACAUGAACAUUAAAAUUGCAGACUUUGGUUUUAGCAACGAGUUCACGUUUGGCAACAAACUUGACACCUUCUGCGGGAGCCCCCCAUACGCCGCGCCUGAGCUUUUCCAGGGCAAGAAGUACGAUGGCCCCGAGGUGGACGUCUGGAGCCUGGGGGUCAUUCUUUACACACUGGUCAGCGGCUCACUGCCCUUCGAUGGGCAGAACCUCAAGGAGCUGCGAGAACGGGUCUUGAGGGGGAAGUACCGGAUCCCCUUCUACAUGUCCACGGACUGUGAGAACCUGCUGAAAAAAUUCCUCAUCCUUAACCCUAGCAAGAGAGGCACUUUAGAGCAAAUCAUGAAAGACCGCUGGAUGAAUGUGGGUCAUGAGGACGAUGAGCUGAAGCCUUACGUGGAGCCUCUGCCUGACUACAAAGAUCCCCGGCGGACAGAGCUCAUGAUCUCAAUGGGAUAUACGCAAGAGGAAAUCCAGGACUCGUUAGUCAGCCAGAAGUAUAACAAAGUAAUGGCUACAUAUCUGCUGCUAGGAUACAAAAAUUCAGAGCUUGACAACGAUAGCAUUACCCUGAAGCCACGGACCCAACCCGAACUCACCAACAGCACCGCCCCCUCCCCAUCGCACAAGGUACAGCGCAGUGCAUCGGCCAACCCCAAGCAACGCCGCUUAAGCGACCAGGUACCGACCAUCCCAACUUCCACCUCGUACUCCAAGAAGACGCAGGCAGCCAACGCGGAGAACAAGCGGCCUGAAGAGGAGCGUGAGGCUGGGCGCAGCAAGGGCAGCAGCACGGUCAAAGUGCCCGCCAGCCCCCUGCCCAGCCUGGAGAGGAAGAAAAGCACCCCCACUCCUUCCACAAACAGCGUCCUCUCGACCAGCACAAACCGAAGCCGCAAUUCGCCCAUGCUGGACCGGGCCAGUUUGGGCCAGAACUCCAUCCAGAACGGCAAAGAUAGCCUAACUACUCCAGGCUCCCGGGCUUCCACCGCUUCAGCUUCCGCCGCCGUGAGCUCCGCGCGCCCACGACAGCACCAGAAAUCCAUGUCUGCCUCGGUGCACCCCUCCAAGCCCGCGCUGCCCCCCUCCGACAAUAACUGUGAGGCCCAGCGACCCAGCACUGCACCCCAGAGGGUCCCCGUCGCCUCUCCCUCAGCCCACAACAUCAGCAGUGCCCUUCCGGAGCGCACCAACUUCCCGCGGGGCGUCUCCAGCCGCAGCACUUUCCAUGCCGGGCAGCUCCGGCAGGUCCGGGACCAGCAGAACCUCCCCUAUGGCCUCACGCCAGCCUCGCCCUCCGGAAACAGCCAAGGCAGGAGGGGGGCCUCAGGGAACCUCUUCAGCAAGUUCACCUCCAAGUUUGUGCGCAGAAAUCUGUCUUUCAGGUUUGCCAGAAGGAACCUGCAUGAGCCCGAAAACAAUUACCGUGUGGAGACGCUCAGGCCUCAUAUGGUGGGCGGCAGCGGCGACAAAGAGCGUGACGACAACCGGGAGGCCAAACCGCGCUCGCUGCGCUUCACCUGGAGCAUGAAGACAACCAGCUCCAUGGAGCCCAACGAGAUGAUGAAGGAGAUCCGGAAAGUGCUGGACGCUAACAACUGCCAGUGCGAGUUGCAGGAGAAGUACAUGCUCCUGUGCAUGCACGGCGCGCCAGGCCACGAGGCCUUUGUGCAGUGGGAGAUGGAGGUGUGCAAGCUUCCCCGCCUCUCGCUGAACGGUGUCCGCUUCAAGCGGAUAUCGGGCACCUCCAUGGCCUUCAAGAACAUUGCCUCAAAAAUCGCCAAUGAACUGAAGCUUUAACAGGCUCCGUUGGGGGGCCUGCCUGCACGCGCAUGGGGUGGGGGUUAGGAGUAAAAGCUGCAAUUUUAACUCUGGAAGGGUUUAUUUUUUGAUACCCUGGUGCAGGACAAAGGAGAUUGGGGGGGCAGGGGAAAGGGGCGGCAGUUGAUGUUUGGGGGCAUCCCCCCUCCCUCCUCCCCUGGCUGCUGGAUCGCCAUGGAGACGGAGUGUGUGGGGUAGUGCCUGGCAGCCACCCAGCCGGUCUCCGUGGCAACAGUAGUGGGAGCCUACCAAGGGCUGUUGGUCUCUAUAGUGACUGUGUUGGGGGGCAUCCCUUUUGGUCUCCGUGGCGACCAUGGUACUUCCCUUUUCCUUUCCUUUUUUGUUUUCGUUGCACAUGAGACAGGGUUUUAAAUUUUUACGAAACACAGCAAAAAGCAAAGAGAGAAAAAGAGUGGAAUCCCCCCCUCCGCUGCCAGAGCUCGCCUGCCCCCACAUUGCCUUUUACCUCCCAGAAUGCCUUUUGUGCACACCUUCCUCUCUCGCUCCUUGUGGUUUUGGUGGUGGUUUGGACUGUUGGGCCUGCGCUUGUCCCCUGGGAGAACCUUCCCUCUGGGCAUUACUGCAGUGGCAAGGGUUCCCCUUCUGACUUUCCCUAGAUGGGCCAGUGGUGGGCUAGGAGGCUCCCUCUGCCCUUGCCCACUUCAAGGCUGUUUCUCCUCUCCUGUUUUGGUCAAGGCUGUUGGAAGCCAUUCUGUUCCAGUGCCUUCACUCGGAUGGCGGAGGGGAGAAGCGGGACUCCUUUUGCAAGGGCCCUUCAACCCCAUGGUCCCUGAGGCCACCUGAAAAAGGGGGGGGGGGUUCUAACCAUGCACAUUGUGCUCCUGAGCUGGGAGGCAGCCAAGGAUGGGGAGGGGGUCUUGAGCCACAUUGGUCCGUUUCUUCACCUCCCCUCCCCUUCUCUUCCUUGCAUGCUCUGGGAGCAACAUGCAGCCUGAUGGGAUUAAAACAGCAAGAGGUUCUGGGAGCUCAGCCUUGCUUUGUUCAGCCUGAGCCAGUUUUCCAGGCUUACGCAGGGUCAUGGUUAGAACAGUUGCUCCUUCGGCCUUGUCAGUGCUCUGUUAAUCGGUUCCAACCCCAAAGGCUCUCUUCCCCCUCUCCCGCCCCCACUUUGCCAGCAUUUCCAGGCUGGGAUGAUUUCCAGCAUGUUUCUUCCUGGCUUUCGGAUACUCUGAAAAAUACACACGCUGGACCUUGGCCACCCACCUCACUCCCACCUGGCUUGUUUCCCCAAGAGCGCCUUUGGCAGUUAUAAAACUAGCACCACCAUCUGCCUGUGGGGAAAAGUUGCUUGAGGGCCGUUGCUGGGAGAGGGCGGCGGGGGGGAGGGAGGGCAGUUUUUUGCCCCAAAUCUUCCAUUAUUGAAGCAUGCAUAAGACAGGUCCUGCUAAUGUUUAUCUGCAAAAGCAGGAUAGCAUAACCUGCCCUUCCCUCCCUCUUCAAAACUCUUCCUCAUUUGAAAGGCCAGCCGUUUCCCUCCUCUUUCCAAAGCACAAGGAAACACAGGACCCUGGCUGCUGCAUUUCUCUCUCUUGUUCCUCUCCCCCCCCACCCCUCGCCUCCCCUCAAGUGGGUCUCUUCCACUGUCGUAUCGCCACUUGAGAAUGUAUUUUCAAUCCCCUUUGGGGUGAUUGGGCUCCCCACCCCAUAGCCCAUGCUGAGCUCCUCCUACCCCACCAUCACACACACACACACACACACACCUGGUUUGUAUAUAACUGUACUGAUACCUCGGUUUUGUGAGUGGUUAAUUUCUUUUUUGUUUUAAUUCUGAUCACAAAAUGCCUUUUUUAAAAGAGAAAUCAUGUCCCUUUUUUGUUCAUUCCCCUCCCCCCUCUAGGGACGCUGCCGUUUGAUGUAGUUUUACAGGUUCUAGAUUAAAACUUUCCAGAAAGUA